UUUUUUAUUAUAAUUUCAGGUUAAAAGAUGACAAGCCAAUUACAACUGAGAUGUCUGAUUCAGACAGUUCACUGACAGUUGAUGGUAAUAAUGUUAUAUUUAGAAAAUUUGUAGAAAAACAUACUGGUCAAUACACUUGUCAACUUUUUAAUUCUAACAAUGGUCCAUCUAUAGGAUCAAAGGUUAUUCAUGUUGUCUUAAAUCCAUUCUAUCAAUUAAUAGAUACUAUUACUUUCAUUGAAGAAGAAAGAGCGGAACUGGAAUGUGAAGUACAUGGUGUACCACUUCCUGAUAUAAAUUGGAGAUUUGGAAAUAAUACAAUUGUACCAUCUCAACACUAUACUUUUGCACCAAAUGAUAGAAACAUAAGUAAUGCUAUUUUGAUACUUAAUGGUGUUUCCGAAAAUGAUAAGGGAUACUAUUACUGUGGUGGAAAAAGUUCACUCGUGGCUAUACCCAUAAGUUCUAAAGGAUGCUUAGUCCGUGUUAGAGGUGAUAUAUAUAUUUAUGUGUACAUUUCAUUAAUUUUAUUAUAAAUGAGUAUAAAAAAC